UUAAAACCAGAAGAAGAAGAGCGACUUUGCAGGCUGUUUUUGGCAGCCCACAGAGAAGAACAUCUGCAUCCAAACAAACCGAACAACUAAAAUCAGUAACGAUGGAGUUUGUGAAAGAGGAGAGUGAGAUCAUGAGUGAUCCAGAAGUCUCCAGAAUUAAACAUGAAGAUACUGAGGAACUAACAGACCUGAUUGAAGUGACAGAAGAAAGCAAAGAACUGAAUGAAGUGGAGGAGACACCAAAAAGAAGAAAACGAGCCAAAAGUUCUUUCACCUGCCAUCAGUGUGGAAAGAGUUUCACAAGUAAAAGAGAUGUUAAGAUCCACAUGAGAAUCCACACUGGAGAGAAGCCGUACACGUGUCAUCAGUGCGGAAAGAGUUUCACACGUGCAAGCGGUCUCAAAGAUCAUCUACUACGCUAUUACUCUAGAGAACAGCCAUUUCACUGUGAGCAGUGUGGUAAAAAGUUUAAAGUUCAAAAAGACCUGAGGAAACACCUGAAAUUUCAUGCAAAGGAGAAGCCAUUUGUGUGUACUGAUUGUGGAAAGAGUUUUGCAUAUAAAAGAGAUUUUGAGGAACACGUGAGAAUCCACACUGGAGAGAAACCAUACACGUGUUAUCAGUGUGGAAAGUGUUUUUCAAAAGCAUACAGUCUCAAAGAUCAUCUACUUCGCUUUCACUCUAAAGAAAGACCAUUUAACUGUGAACAGUGCGGUAGAAAUUUUAAUGUGCCAGGAGACCUGAGAAGACACUUGAAAGUUCAUGCAAAGGAGAAGCCAUAUGUGUGCUCUGAUUGUGGAAAGAGUUUUGCACGAGUGGACAGUUUGAAAUUGCACCAGAACAUACAUACAGGUGUGAAGAAUUAUAUGUGUUUUGUGUGUGGGAACAGCUUUAUCUCGGCAAGCAAAUUGAAAGAGCACCAGAGAAUUCACACUGGAGAAAAACCUUUCAAGUGUUCACACUGUGACAAGAGAUUCACUCAGUCGGGACAACUGAAAACACAUGAAAAGGUCCACAUUGCAGAGAAGCCGUACCACUGUCUUCCAUGUGGGAAGAGUUUCACCCUAUCAUGUCAUAUAAGGAGACAUAUGAACAAGUAUCAUCCAAAGUUGUCUGAGAAUGAGCUGAGUUCAUCCUCGGGUCAGGUCCAAGUAAACUCGAGUCUGUAAUGUUACAAAGUUAAUGUAUUUAAAUGACUUGUAGUGAAGUUUGUCCAUGUUCAUCGAAGCAAAUUUAGAGUUCACAGUAUUAGUUCAGAAAACUAGUUUGUUGCUGUGAAAUCAGACGGAUCUCACUGUGAAUUUGGCAAUUCUAGAGCAAAACUCGAAAUUCAAACUACUGAUUCAUUCCUUUGUAAACAAAGAAGUACAAAAACAAAGUGCUUUCUGAAUAAAACAACUACUGGUGUAAGUUAAUAUAUUUCUUCAAUGUAACAUAUAUGCUAGUUGCAAAGCUUAAGCAUUAAACACCUUUUUGAUAUUAUAAAGGAAAGGAUGUUUUCCCUAGUGAGUUUGUCAACUAUGUUACGGUCAAACUGCAUGGCAUUACAGACACUGAUUAAAUGCUACACUUAGAGUAACACACAUAAAUAAGGGUUCUUUUGUCUAUUCUGCCAUAUGUGCAGUCAUUUCUUUAAAAUAAUUUUAAGAAUUUUAUGUUUUUGCAGAUAUUGCUGUGAUAUUUUCAGCACGGUCACUAGUGAGAGUAAAAAUGUUUGUUUUUUUUAGCAUAAAUCUGCCUUAAGUAUAAUUUUGGUAGUUUUAAUAGAUGUUAUGCAAAUCUCCAAACUUUGUGGAUGUGAAACAUACCUUGAAGGAUAUCAGGAGCAGCAUUCUUGUUAUUUGAAAUGUAAAAAAAUAAAAAAUAAAAUCAUCGAUAACACAGUUGACAGUGAAAGUAACAUAGUUGAAAAAGCAAUAUCCUGCUGAUUUCACAAAAUACAAUGAUACCAUUUACAUGAGAAGAUCUCUGUUUUAACUUGCAAAGGAACAAUAUCUAGUUCAUUUUGUAAAAUCAAUUAAAUGUCCCUUAAUCUCUAAUCAUCAUGAUUCACACUCAUGAACGCACACACAUGCAUGAGGGCACACACCCUCUCAGUGUCCUCUGACACAUACUGGCAUAAAUUAUCACAAAAAACUGAUAUAUGGAAAAUAAUUCAUUAACAUCAGUGGACACUGUAGGGUCAUGUCAACUAUGUUACCCAAGAGUUGGCCCUCGAGGUAACUUAGUUGACCGGUAACAUAGUUGACAACUUCUCCAUUUUGACUCAUAAUUUCAAUGGUAGGCCGUGCCUGGCCAACCACAAGUCAAUUUCUUGAUCAGGUUAACCUCAAAUUUGAAUAUUAAUUUGAGUUAAAAUCAUAAACAUAUUGCCAACCAUAACAAUGUACCCAACAUAGUUGACAGUCAAUUAAUAUACUCAUUGACAAUAUGCUAUUGUAGUUAAAAUACUGAAAUUAAUGAAAGGACACUCGCCAUUAUGUGUUAAAAAUGUCCCCCACAGAGGAAAAUGAUGCUGGUCACAUGGUUUUGGGAUACACCAUUUUUUUAGUUGCAGGGGGGGGUGUUUGUUUAGUAACAUAGUUGACAGAACUUUUGUGAACAUGAGAAAAAUAAGAUAUUUUCUUUAUUAAAAUGUCAUAAUCUAAAAAAUACUAUUUUUCUGUAGUGGCCAUUAUUUUGAACUUAAGUCCCACUCACUUCAGAAACAGACAAUGCAAAAACUGUCAGUUAAGAAACAUCAUGGCCAUUUCAAGCAAAAUGAAACAUGGGGUGCACAAAAUAUGUGUGUGAUAUUAUAAUAUGCUUUCCCUUAAUGGAUAAAAUGGGAUAUUUCUGAAGAGAAUGGUUAGAAAAUAUAUAAUGAUCAUAAAUGGACAUUGAAUGUACCCUAAAUUAUAGAAUGAGCCUACUGCCCUUAGUGGCUGAAACUGUAAGCAGUGUUGUAGUACUCGAGACUGAACUGGGUCAACGUGCUAGUUGGCCAUGUUACGCUGUGUAUCACUGUCAACAUCGCAUCUGAAAGUUCAUAUGUCAAGUUAAAAUGAAUUACAGCUGUUAACAAUGUGUCUCGAGACACCUGUGUUCUGCUCUGUUCGUUGCGCUGCUUCAUGCUUUUUUAGCGCAAGAACGUGUUCGGUCUGAAUGGCCUCUUUUAGAAAAGUCUUUUAGAAAAUUUUUAGCCAACAUGUUAAAAUAAAUCUCUCAAUGUCAUCAGAAUUGAA